CAGGAACUACGUUAAGGGAAUUUAUAUUGACAUCUGUUGCCUUUACUGCUUUGCGUUCAAUGGAGUCGGAGACCGUUACUCGACCACUUUUGAAUUCUGAGCCUUCUAAUCGAAGCUCAGCUACCAGUCUGGUACGCGCCAACGAAAAAGCUUUGUCCACAUGGGACAUGAUCAAGCUGACUAUAUGCAUGGCAGGUUUACAAUUUACAUGUGAUUAUGGAACACCCUAUCUGAGGAAUUUGGGCUUGUCAUCCGAGCUUAUCUCACUCGUCUGGCUUGCUGGUCCACUUUCGGGGCUUCUUAUACAACCGUUGGUUGGUGCGUUUAGUGACAAAAGUACAUCUAGAAUGGGUCGAAGAAGGCCUUAUAUAAUAAUUGGUGGAAUAUUGGUCUGCCUUUCAAUGGCCGGAAUUGCAUAUUCGAUCGAAUUGGCCACAUUUUUACUUGGGAAAAAGAAAUUAUUGAAUGGGUUUGGUGAUGAUGAUGAGGUUCGAAAAGUGGCAAUUCUGGUUGCGGUUUUUUCAUUUUACUGCUUGGACUUUUCCUUGAAUGCUGUUCAGGCUUCAUGUCGCGCACUUAUCCUUGAUAUUCCUCCUUUAUACCAACAAGAAACCAGUAAUGCUUGGGCUGGUAGAAUGCUACACGUUGGAAAUGUUAUUGGAUAUUUUACGGGAUUUUUAGAUUUAAAAACGCUAUUUUCUUGGCUAGGUGAUAGUCAAGUCAAAAUACUGUGCAUAAUUUCAUGCAUCGUAUUUUCAAUUUCAUUGUUCGUCACAUCUAUAAGUGUGAAAGAAACCGUGUAUGUGCCUGUGGCCGAAGAUUCAAAGUAUGCAUGUUAA